GAAGACCCGUCAUCGAACGAAAACGAAACGGCGAAGCAAAAAGCAAAACUUUCGCGCACAGUACUGUUUUGUGUGAUGUGUGCGGCCAUCUUUGCUUUGGGAACCCGCAGCAGUAGCAGCAGCAGCAGUCCAGUCCAGAGAGAAGCACCAGAAGUCGAAGGCUGGUCGUCGAACGUCGCGCCGUCGUCACGCGAGAAAACGUAACAGUUUUUCCAGUCCCCGCGGAACCCUUUUUGCGUCGCGCUUGCGGAAGUGUUCACGAGUUUGGAGUGUUGUGGCCACGCACGACAUUCGCUGCCGCUGGAGCCCCGUGAGCUCAGCGCAAGCGAACGCUCGGAUUUUCGGGUGAGUGUUUGCUGGGCUGGCCCUGGCACCAAGAGGAGUAGACGCCGAAUCAGAGUUACCCCCUUAAACAGGGUGAGAAAGGGAAAAGUGGAAAAUUCGAAAAACCGAACGGGGGAAAACCCGUUUUAUUGAAAGCAGAAAAUUUGGAGGCUGCCUGCGUGCUAGGCCACAGAGGCUAAUGCUGAUGCAAGCGGCAGCAGGACCAGAAGUCGAGUGCUAUCGAAAGUAUCGAAUCGUUAUAAGGCAGUAGCGUCAUCAGUGGGACCAGCUGGUCAGCUAAGACGCCCGAAUAGGAUCUUCGUCAGCAAACCGUCGAUCAACACAAUGUGGAGCGCCAGUAAUGGCGGAGGAGGAGGAGGUGGCGGCGGCGGCGGUUCCUCCUCCGGUACCAAUCCGACCCAGUCCAAUACCCGAACGCUUGGAAUGACUUCGGCCAUCAGUUUGGCGGAACCGAAACCGGAAGACAUCCAGAAGACGACGGAACUGGAAAAAGCCCUCGAACCGUACAAUGUGUUCGAGGCGGAAUCGGAACUCAACCAUCGGAUGGAAAUUCUGGCAAAGUUGAAUACCCUGGUGAAACAGUGGGUACGGGAUGUGUCCAUCUCGAAGAAUAUGCCGGAAGCCCUGGCGGAGAAGCUGGGCGGAAAAAUCUACACAUUCGGUUCCUACCGGUUGGGGGUCCAUCACAAGGGCGCGGAUAUUGACGCCCUUUGCGUAGCCCCACGCAAUAUCGAACGGGCGGACUAUUUCGGGUCGUUCUUCGAGCUGCUCAAAAAGCAACCGGAAGUGACGGAGUGCCGUGCCGUGGAGGAAGCGUUCGUACCUGUCAUCAAGAUGAACUUCGAUGGGAUCGAAAUCGAUCUGCUGUUUGCGCGGCUGGCGCUGAAGGAGAUUCCGGACAACUUUGAUCUGCGGGACGACAAGCUGCUAAAGAAUCUGGACCCGAAAUCGGUGCGCAGUCUGAACGGGUGCCGAGUGACGGACGAAAUACUGCGGUUGGUUCCCGACAUCGACAACUUCCGGCUGGCCCUGCGGGCGAUCAAGCUGUGGGCCAAAAAGCACGGAAUCUACUCCAAUUCGCUGGGCUAUUUUGGUGGCGUGUCGUGGGCCAUGCUGGUGGCCCGAACCUGUCAGUUGUACCCGAAUGCGGUAGCUGCCACGUUGGUGCACAAAUUUUUCCUAGUAUUCUCCCGGUGGAAGUGGCCCCAGCCGGUGCUGCUGAAGCAACCCGAUACGGUCAAUCUGGGCUUCCAGGUGUGGGAUCCGCGGGUCAACGUCCAGGAUCGGUUCCACCUGAUGCCGAUCAUCACGCCGGCCUAUCCGCAGCAAAAUUCCACAUUCAACGUGUCCAGCUCGACGCGGAAGGUCAUGCUGAACGAGUUCAACCGCGGUAUGCAGAUUACCGACGAAAUUAUGCUAAGUAAGGCCGGCUGGGAUAAGCUGUUCGAGGCGCCGAGCUUCUUCUUCAAGUAUCGGCAUUUCAUUGUGCUGCUGGUGACGUCGAACAACGCCGACGAUCAUCUGGAGUGGUGCGGUCUGGUGGAAUCGAAGAUUCGCUAUCUGAUUCUGAACUUGGAGCGGAAUCAGCACAUUAAUUUGGCCCACGUCAAUCCGAAGUGCUUCGAACAGCACGAGCAGAACCAAACGGAGCGGCAGCGGGAGAGCGACGGAGGUAGGGCGUUGGCCACCCUGUGCUCGCUGUGGUUCAUCGGACUGGAGUUCGAACGGUCGGAGAAUCUGAACGUGGAUCUGACGGAAAGCAUACAGAGUUUUACCGAUUCCGUGCACAAACAUGCUGUGCACAUCAAACUGCUGAAGGACGGCAUGAAAAUCGAAGCGCGGCACGUCCGGCGGAAGCAACUGAGCCAAUAUCUGGAUCCGAACCUGCUCAAGCGGGAACGUAAAAAUUCCGACUCGGGCCUCACGAUAUCCAGCAUAGCGGCCGCGGCGGCAGCUGCCAACACUAGUGGCGGCAGCGUUGGUGGCACUACCCUUCGGAAACGGCACUCGUCCGAGCAUCUGCAUCUUGCGACCGUCAACAAGAAAGGAAGGAACGAUUCUUUCGAGCAGUCUCCAUCGAACGCGUCCUCGCAGUCGUCGUCAUCCUCGUCGCAAGGAGCGGGUUCCGUGUCUGCAGCGAACAACACUUCGGUAGCGUCUGUGAACACCACUAACCACAACAUCUCCGGUAGUAACGAGAACCUUAACAGCAGCAGCAGCCAGACUGCCGCACCAGACGUCGAAUCUUCCCCAGCGGAACCUUCUAGCACUUCUACGACCACCUCCUACAACCACAUGAACCACAACGACAGCAGUGUGACUUCGACCAACAACACAACAACGCUGGUGCUGGACGAUUCCUCGUCCGAAGCGACCAGUGGCGGCGUCGUAGCCGCUCCACAGACUCCGACGACCCCGACACAAACCGCCAAUCCCGGACCACAACAGCCACCACCACAGGCACAGACCGCUACCGAGGUGGUUUGCUCAUGACAGCCGAAUCCGUUCCGGAAGGUGAACAAACAUCACCUUCACUAUAUCAGCAUCAACAACCACCACAACAGCAGUAGCAAUCAUACCAACGUUAGCCACCACCAGCAUUACCAUCAUCAUCAUCUGCAGCACCAGCAGCAGCAGAAGCAUCAGUUCCUGCAAGGCCCGAGUUACAACAAUGGUGGUAGCCAGCAGUACCCGCCGCACCAUCACUCUCUUCACUACGGUCAAGAGCAAGAGCAGCGUCAGCAGCAACAUCAACAUCAUCACAACAUCAACAGCAGUAGUGACGGUUACGGUGCUAAUCACCACCGCGAUGACGAACAUUGCGAACCGCCGAUGGUGGUGCUGGAUGGGGACGAUGAUGAUGAGGCUUGCCAGGAAAGUGGAGGAGGUGAUGGUCGCGGCGGCGGUAGCUACCCCAAUGGGAACCGAAUGCAGUAUGCUGAAGUUCAAACUUCGUAAGCUGAUUAUGACAACUGCAGAGGCCAAUUGCUGAACUUCCGACGAUCUGCGGAAGAGCUGUACAUCAAUGAAGACAUCUUUUCAAUAUAGGUUGCAGAGGCCGCAAAAAACAGAACAUGUUCGAUUUAAGGUAAGAGUAAAAUUCACAAACAA